AUUGAUUUUAUUCAGCAGAUGCAGAAUCAACGAAUCCGCACCCAUUUGUGAAAGCAAAAAUUUUCAUCUCAAUUUUUAACAUGUAAAAUCAUACAAAAAUUAGUUAAAAGCAAAUUAGAUGUAUUAAAGACAAGGCGGAUGCUACUAGUGAAAACGGUUUAAUCGGUAGAUUUAUAGCAGCUACAACUUGGCAAAACUAUGGAUCGGACAAGAUAUAGCAAUUGGCUGAGUAGCUGCCUGGGACUGCUAGUGCUGCUGCUGGUUUGCACACAGCUGCAAAGAGGCAAGUGUGAUAAGUGAAAUUUCUGUAUACACAAAAAUGAUAUUCUAUUUAUUUAUUUAUUAAAAUGCAGUGUAAAAAUAACUGUAUUACUUACAUUGAUAUGUUAUACUGUAUUAAUGCUUUAACAGCGUACGAUAAGAACAAGUGUAUGUAUUAUACUACUACUACAUAUCUACCUAUAUAUACCUACUUAUAUAUAACUAUACGUAUAUUACAAUUACCAAAGCUGCCUAUUUAAACCUACUAUAUUUUUUUUAGCUUUAUGUAACAGUAUGGAGCGAAUGAUUUGAUUUUUUUCUGAUUUUAUGCAAACAAAAGCUUUGACAAAUAUUUAAAAUUUUUCACAUAGGAAGUGAUAUUUUAAAAUUUGCCAAAGUUUACAUUGAUAAUCCCCCUUGAAAGUUACUAAGUUAGAAUCCAUUAGAGAAACACGCAGCGCAGCGCCUUCCAAAAUUUUUUUGCGUAUACUCAAAUGUGCUGUAGGAAAACAGAGCGCGUUUGCCUUGUUUCUACCCUCUCCGCCCCAACUCCAUUGCCAUCACUUAUACGAAGCGACUUUUUAUUUGUAUUCACUUUUGAUUUGCUUACGAAUUGCUUGCAAAUCAAUCAGCAUCCUUCGCUUAUAACAUAUGUAUGUACAUAUUCUUGCAUAGUUGAAGUAAUUUUGCGAUUAAAAAUAAAUUUAAUAAAGAAAAUUAACAAAAAAAAAAAUAAAAAAAAUAAAUAAAUAAAUUUUAAAAAAAAUUUAAAUAUAUAUUGUAAUAAAAAAGUAAUUGAAUUAAUUUAAAUUUUUGCUGUAAUACAUUUUUCGUGCAUUUAACUAGCAUUUUCAGUAGCGCAAGGUUUUUGAAAGUAAAAUUUAAUGUUUUUUUUUUCAAAAAUUAUACGCUUAAAAUAUAACUUGAAAUUUGCCAUAACUGUUGCUGUACUACUUGCAACUAGUGUAAGUAUUAUGAAAUACGAGUAUAUCUAUAUCAUACAUGUAUGUACAUAUUUAAGUCUCAUAUUUAUUUAAAACAACGCAAGCGAAAAUCAAAUUACUUUAAUAAUUAAUAAAAUUAAAAAAUUUUCUGGGUGUGUUUGUCAACACUUUUUCAGUUGUGUUGAGCAGCAAAGACGCGGCAGCUAUGAAAUUAAGCUGCAAAAGGGGUAAUUAGGACCAUUUGAAAAACAAAAAUUAAAAAUAAACUAAACUCCUCAAGCUUCGGAAACACGCAAUUUAGCUUAGUUACAUACAUAACUACGUAUAUGCUUACCUACAAUCAUCGUAUGCUUGUAAACUAAUGAAACCUUGUAAACAAAUGCUUAAACAGUAACUGUUUCUUUCCCUCUACAGCCUACCGUACGCUGCAAUUAUUACUUAAAACAUUUAAUUUUUGCCAGCGUCUAACUGCUGGUGCACAAAGAAACAAUAAAUUAAAUAAAUAUAAAGAAAACAACAUUGUAAAGCGAAUAAAAUAAGUAUAUAUAUAUAUAUAACAAGAUUUCUGUAUUAACUGCCGAAUCUUAAUUCAUACUCCUUCUGAAGCCGAGCAUUUUCAGAACCAACCAAGUAAAGCGAAAUUGAAAAAUAGUUAUGAGAAAAUAAGGUUACGAAAAUGAAGCGUUAAAUGCGAAAACUUGAAAGAGCACAAACUACACACACGCAUUUCAAAAAAAAAAAAAAAAAAAAACCAACAACAACAAAAACAAAAACAAGCGUAAAACAUCGCAUAAUAUAAUAUAACUCUCAUUGAAAGCAGCAAAAUUACCCACAUAACAACGACAAACCACUUUGCAGCACUUUCAAACUUCAAUUAGUCCCGUAAUGGUUUCACUUAACCUGUUUCGCAAACUCUAGCUACAUACCUUGAAAUUAAAUUUGAUUUUCCAUUUGCUAUAACAUACAUACACGUGUCUUUUUUUUUGUAAUUGUGUACCACUCUCAACUCCUUUAACUCGCUGUCUCUCUCUCUCUUUGUAUUUACAACGCACCCUCUAACCAAUGAAUCCUCGCAGGGCCCAAAUAAUGUUUUACAGUUUUUCGCUGAAAAAGCGCGCAACAAACAAACGUCUCUUCACAAAAUACACCCCUAUAAGUUCUCUCCAAUCAACAACAUUUGUUUACACUCUCCAUAUUUCCAAGCUAUUUCUCGCUCACCAUCACUUUGUGUUUCCUCUCCACAACUGAACUAUGUAUUUUUUGUUUAAACUUUCUCUUUUCCAAUGCGUCUCCUUUAUUUAUAUUUUUUUUGCAAAAUUUUCUUUUGGCAACACCUUUCGUAUAUUUUCCUGCUUGUUGUGACCAAGUUCUAUCAAAACCAUCACAUGCAUGCAGAUCAGUUGAACGAGAAAACAAAAACAAAUGAAUAAAAAAUUAAAAAAAAAAAAAAAAUAGAAAUAAAAAAAUUACAAUUGCGUUCAAGCCAUAGCAUAAUCUUAGGAACCGUUAUUGUUUAAUUACAUACUGAGUCUUUUUCGUAAACAUUACAGUGACUUAAUCUGUUGCAUGCAUGUGCUUACUUGCAAGUACAUCGUCAUGCACACAUACAUACACAUAUACAGUUCCUCAAGCCAAAAAAUCAACAAAACAAUUGAGUUACUAAAGUAGAAAUUAAUAUAGCUAGAAAAAAAGUUCCCAACCAUAAAAAGUUGUAAAGUUUAACUUUGAGAAACGUGGCAUAUUAUAGGGCGCUUAAGCUAAUUAUAUUAGUUUGUUUUAGUUAACAGCAAAAAUGUGAGCUGAGUUAAACAAAUUGAGAGAUCCGGAAUAUUCAUCAAGCAAUUCGAUGUAUAGCCGACAAAAGCCGAGCGCACCCAGCCAUUUAACACUUUGUUUCAAAGUGAACCACAUGUUUAUUUGAUCGUCACCUGAUCGUAUAUCUUGACAUGAAUUUUUCGAUAUCUAAAAUAGAUAAAAGCCUGUUGCAUGCGUAGUUCAUGUCUACAAAUAUAGUUUUCAACUAAUUGCCUUCAAAUUAGUUGCUUUUGCCUGUGCCUUUUGUUUGGCACUUCUUUGAGUUUGAGCUCUACUCUUUGGUCAAAGAUUAUAUGCGAGAGCAUGAAAACUAAGUUAUCGUUUAAAUUCCAGACAGCAGAGUAUAGGAGUAUAUCUUUAAAUCUCUUUGUAAUUAGGCCAAUUCAUCGCUUUUAUACCAGUUUGCCUGUUCUAUUCACCAAGUUCUAGCUAAUUGAUGUUCUAGCGUAACGCAGUUAGCAGUGUUAUAAAAUAGUUAUAUUAAACCACAAAAUACACCGUUUACUACAUGUGCUAUAACGAAAGCUACACCAAGUUUAGACUCACAAUCAAACACUCAAUCAUCAUCUUAACACUUCCGUCAUUAAAAUUUCUAAGUUAGUUUCAACAGGCUAGUAAAAAUAGUUCGUCGUCUUGAUUGUUUAUUGCAUGCGAUGCGUCACAUUUUCAGCUACUCUCAUCUAUCUAUCUCUAAUUUGGUUCUUAUACACACUCAUAUACAUGCAUACUCGUACAUAUGUUCCUUACUAACAUUUGCAGCAUCUAUUUUCGUAUCCACCCACCAUCUAUAUCCAGCUAUUAACUUUUCAUAUACUAUUCGUUACAUACUCCCAUACAAAGUUAUCUAUCACAAUCUUUAUAUUUCGCUCUAUCUCUACAUACUCUCGUACAUGCAUACAUACAUAUGUAUUUGUUUUAACUGUCUAUCUAACUGUGGCAUUGUGCAUUUGACUUUUAACCAAAUACUCUUUUUCUUUGCAUCAUACAUUUGGUUUAUAUAUAAAAAGAAAAAAAAAACUAUUAUUUACUCGUGUCUCUUAGUAAGUGCAUCCGAAGAUGAAGAACGCUUGGUACGUGAUCUCUUUCGUGGGUAUAACAAACUUAUACGACCCGUUCAGAAUAUGACACAAAAAGUUGGAGUAAGAUUUGGUUUGGCGUUCGUACAGCUAAUCAAUGUCAAUGAGAAAAAUCAAAUUAUGAAAUCAAACGUUUGGUUACGUUUGGUUUGGUACGAUUAUCAAUUGCAAUGGGAUGAGGCCGAUUAUGGUGGUAUUGGUGUGCUGCGUUUGCCGCCCGAUAAGGUUUGGAAACCGGACAUUGUAUUGUUCAAUAAUGCUGAUGGCAAUUACGAAGUGCGUUAUAAAUCCAACGUGCUCAUUUAUCCGACGGGCGAAGUGCUCUGGGUACCGCCGGCAAUCUAUCAGAGUUCAUGCACCAUAGAUGUCACAUAUUUUCCAUUCGAUCAGCAGACGUGUAUUAUGAAAUUUGGUUCGUGGACCUUUAACGGUGAUCAGGUGUCACUGGCCUUGUACAACAAUAAAAACUUUGUCGAUCUCUCGGAUUAUUGGAAAUCCGGUACAUGGGACAUUAUCGAAGUGCCGGCCUAUCUUAAUGUCUACGAAGGCGAUGGCAAUCAUCCAACCGAGACAGAUAUUACAUUUUAUAUAAUUAUACGUCGCAAGACAUUGUUCUACACAGUGAACUUGAUAUUGCCAACCGUGCUGAUCUCAUUCCUGUGCGUACUGGUGUUUUAUCUGCCUGCCGAGGCUGGCGAGAAGGUUACAUUGGGCAUAAGUAUUCUGCUGUCACUGGUUGUGUUCCUAUUGCUCGUAUCAAAGAUUCUACCGCCGACUUCGUUGGUGCUGCCACUCAUCGCCAAAUAUCUGUUGUUCACCUUCAUUAUGAAUACGGUGUCAAUUUUGGUUACCGUUAUUAUUAUAAAUUGGAACUUUCGCGGUCCGCGUACACAUCGCAUGCCCAUGUGGAUACGUACGGUCUUUCUGCAUUAUCUGCCCGCGUUUUUGCUCAUGAAGCGUCCGCGUAAAACAAGAUUGCGUUGGAUGAUGGAAAUGCCGGGCAUGAGCAUGCCGGCACAUCCACAUCCCUCGUAUGGAUCGCCAGCUGAACUACCCAAGCACAUAAGGUAUGUAUGCAAUUUUCUCUAUAUCUUUCAUGUUUUCAUUAUAUUUCGCUUUGUAUUUAGCGCAAUCGGCGGCAAACAAUCCAAAAUGGAAGUAAUGGAGCUCUCCGACUUACAUCAUCCCAAUUGCAAAAUCAAUCGUAAAGUAAAUAGCGGCGCCGAUUUAGGCAUUGGCGAUCAAUGUCGGCGUGAAAGUGAAUCAUCCGAUUCGAUAUUGCUUUCGCCCGAGGCUAGUAAAGCCACCGAAGCAGUGGAGUUCAUCGCAGAACAUUUACGAAAUGAAGAUCUCUAUAUACAAACUCGUGAGGACUGGAAAUAUGUGGCCAUGGUCAUUGAUCGUCUUCAACUCUAUAUCUUCUUCAUUGUGACCACUGCCGGUACAGUUGGCAUACUAAUGGAUGCGCCACAUAUCUUUGAAUAUGUUGAUCAAGACCGCAUCAUCGAAAUAUAUCGUGGAAAAUAAAUCGAUUAUUUAUAUGAUGGUAGCGUGACAACCAUCACAACCGCUAAUCUAAUAAAAAGGCAAAAUUUGGAAUUCAUUGAUAGCAAAAAACACUCGGUGCGGGUUUUAUCACUAAUCCGUUGUUAGUGAAGAGAUAUUUUGCACAAGACAACACACUCCAGCACAUAACGGCAAUAAAAUUUUAAGCGAUUAUUCAUGUAACACAUACACAAAUACAUGAUGCUUGUUACAUAUGGGGUAUGUGUUCUAGAAAUGGUCUUCAAAUUAAUUCUUCGGUUUUAAGAAAUCUAUUAUUUUAAGAGUUUUUAAUUAAUUAGAAUUUAUAAGUAAUAUAAACUUAUUGUAAGUGCAAUGAUUCAUAAGGAAAUUGUUAAGUUAAGCGUUUUAAGUAUUUAUGUAUUUAUAGUGUGCUUGAAAUAUAAAACUUGACUUUAGAUAUAAGGCGAAUUGAAACUAAUUACGGCAGUGAAAAUAUCUAGAAAAUCCGCGCAUAUUAGUGAAAUUACUUAAAAAAUAAUAAUUAGUAGCAAUUAAUAAAGAGAAAUGCUUCAGCUCAUAAAGUUAAACAGCAGCGUAAAUUUCGCGUGCAGUUUACGAAACGAAAUUCGUACUAUUAAAUUGAAUAAACUCCUUUUGUUAUUGAACAAAAUCAUAAACGUAUGAAUAAACAUGACUUUAGUUUCAAAAAUUG